GGAUGAGAAGCACAAGGUGCCACCGAUUCCUCCGAGGCCGCAUGUGGCUGCAAACAGCGGACGAAACCACCUGGAUGGAAAAAUCCGGGCAAACGGCGGGACCCCCUCGGGAAGCCGGAGGGCACGCGCUGCUUGGCUCUCGGGAUAAUCCGAUGGGACGUCCCCGGUCACCACGUCCCGGGCUCGGCCGCGCGGCCGGAGCAGCACCCGCGGAUCCGCGGGGCGGGGCGGCAGCAGCACCUGGCGGCCCCGGAGCCGCCCCCGGCCGCGCAGGCGGCCCCGGCCCCGCUCCUCCCCGCCGUGUCAGGUGCCGGGGGCGGGCACUGCGCCUGUGCGGCGGCCGCGGGGCGCCGCGGAGCCGAGCGGAGCUCCGGCGGGACACGGCGGCGGCACCGGCGGGAAGAUGGCGGAGCCCGGGGCUGCGCGCAGCCACCCGCGGGCCACAGCAUUAACCCUUCUCACUGAGGUAGAGAAG